UUACACUCUUCCUGGGCUGUAGAAGAGCAAGGCUAGAGUAAGUGCAACAGUGUUGAGUUCGGGACGUGCCAGAAACACUGGGAUUGUGGAAUAAUCCAAAACUUUUCUUUCCUGGAACACGCUUGAUCUGAUUUGAAGUGGGGUUUAGUUCUGUUUAAUCCCUGGGACUCUUUGGUUUUAGACAUGCCUCAAUCAGCCCCCGCUCCACCUAACAAGAGGAAAAAGCCCUCCAAAAUCAUCACCGACUUCACCAACAUCCCACAAGAUGAUCAGGAAUCCGAUCCUGAAGCCAGUGAGUUUGACCUGGGGACCAAGAUCCUGACCCCCAAGGACGUGAUGCUGGAGGAGCUGGCCUUGAUGACGAACAAGGGCUCCAGGAUGUUCCACUUGCGUCAGCAGCGCGUGGAGAAGUUCAUCGUCAGUGAUCAGAACAUGCUAAAUCUGCAGGACCUGGUUCCCUCUCUAGGCUGUGAGAUGCUCCCACCACCAGUUCCCCCAAAGCCUGAACCCAAAGAGGAAGUUGAUGUGGCUGCAGAGAAAGCGAGGAGGAGGCAGGAGUAUAUCAAGACGUACAUGUCUCCAUGGGAACGUGCCAUGAAGGGGGAUGAGGAGCUUCGGGCAACCAUGCAGUCACGGAUGCCUGGACCACAAGUGCACAAGGAUCUGCCAAAGUUCAAGACUUUUAACAGGACGGCAUUGCCUUUUGGAGGCGCUGAACAGGGCUCCAAGCUGCUGACCUUCCAGCCAUCAGUGUUGAAGUGCCCAGAGCAGCCUGACCUAAUGCCGGGGCAGCAGUCUGACAUCCGCACCCGACCCUCCUUCAACCGCACGCCCAUCGGUUGGGUGUGUAACGAUGAGCACAGCCACAUCCUGGACAUGGAGACGGAUGCCAUACCAUUUGAUGGGGAGACAGACGACCUCUGAAGACCUCUGCGGACUUCUCCCAGUCACUCAAACAUACACACACUCUCACAGUCUUUCACACAUACACACACUCUCACAGUCUCUCACACAGACACACUCUAAGGCUGACUGCACACACAAUGGCAAUGGGUGCAAACAUGGCCACCAGCUUAUACACGAAACCUGUGAUUGGUCUUUACUUGCUUGCAGACUGAAGUGGUUUUCUUUAAAGGAGAAAAAUGGCCACAGUAUGUUGCUAUCUGUCCCUAUGUGUGCGAACUUCACAAAGCAGCUUUUCACACCUGAUCCUUGAAGUUAUCACUUACAAGAUUUAUCACAGCACUACAUUAGUAUGGAUUAUGAUGAUAAGGAUGAUGAUGAGACCUGACAAUUGAAUGAC